AUGGGGCCCCUGGCUCCGCUCCCGGAGGCUGUGCUCGGGGAGGCCCGGUCCCAGUGGACGCGGGAAAGAAGGCAGGGGGCCGUGAGCUUCGCGGACGUGGCCGUGUACUUCUCUCCGGAGGAGUGGGGGUGUCUGCGGCCCGCGCAGAGGGCCCUGUACCGGGACGUGAUGCGGGAGACCUACGGCCACCUGGGCGCGCUCGGCUUUUCAGGCCCCAAACCCGCUUUUGUCUCUUGGGUGGAAGGAAAGGUAAAGGUGUAGCCCGAAGCCCAGGAUCCAGCGGGUGAGAGGGAUGGGAAUGAGGAGAAAGAAAGGCAGAACAAGAGUGCAAAACAAAAAGUGGAACUUGAAGAAAUGUCUCUCAAGGAUUGGUUGCCAGCCAACAUAGCUUGCAGGAACCCAAGGCAAAGUCUCAUCAAAUCUUGGCUCAAGGACACUUUAACCCCCAGACCACCCUACUUUUGCCCAGACUGUGGCUGCAACUUCUGCUACCCUUCCCUCCUGGCCAGCCACCAGCGGGUCCACUGUGGGCACUGGCCCUUUCCCUGUGACCAGUGCCAGGCCUGUUUCUCCCAGCACAAGUACCUGCUCUAGCAUCAGUUCAUCCACACAGGUGAAAAGCCCUACCCCUGUCCCCACUGUGGGUGCCACUUCUGCCAGAGGGGUUCCCAGGCCAUCCACAGGCAGGCUCACACUGGGGAGAAGCCCUACCUAUGCCCAGAGUGCAAGAGUCACUUUACUUACCCCUACCUGCUGGUCCUUCACCAGCGCAAGCACACAGGUGAGAAGCCCUGCAGCUGUCCCAACUGCGGCCUCCAUUUCGCCUACACCUCCCUGCUGGCCAUCCACAGGUGUGCACAGACAGGUGAGAGGCCCUACCCCUGCCCUGACUGUGGCCUCCGCUUUACCUACUCUUCUCUCCUCAUCAGUCACCGGCACAUUCACUCGGACAGCCGGCCCUUCCCUUGCCCUGAAUGUGGGAAAGGCUUCAAGCGUAAGUAUGCCCUGGAAGCCCAUCAGUGGAUCCACCGCUCUGGUAGCAAGAGGCUGAGUUGGCAGCAGGCUGCAGGAGGGUUUUCAGAACCAAUCCCAGUUUUGGGAGGCCAGGAUCCCCCAGUUCAUUUCCAGUACUUUCCAGAUAUAUUUCAAGAAUGUGGGUGAUUGGAGCUCACCCAAGCUGAUCAGAGUUUAGUAAGGAAAAGGCAAAGUUUAUGCAUGUGGGGGAUAAGGAGAGGAAGUUCUGUGUUAGGAAAAAAGCAGAGGUCAUAGGCACAGAGAAGGUCUGUGGGCAGGAGGAGGCAGGCAUCUGAAAAGCUGCCUGAGGGCUGAUCCCAUUUUCUGAGGCUCCUGCUCCCAGAGCCCCUUGUUUUAUGCCCCACUUGGGGUUAUUUCACUGAAAACCAUUUGCCUAGCUGGCUCUUCCUUCUGGAGUAUUCUCUCCCUUAGAGCACUGUCCUUUUUGGCCAGUGUCUCUCCUGCUUCUCCAAGAUGGGGUACCCCAGAUGCAAGUGCAUAUUAAAGAAGCCUGCACUGACUCUGGAUCCCUCAGAAUAUAGGGCACACCAUGGGCCUGUCCCCAUGGGAGGAAGCUCAUCCCAGGAUUCUGUCUGUUAUCCAAUGCAGGUGAAACAUCGGGCAAGGAGACACAUGUGAUGUCAAGCCAUUGUUGGCAUUUUUUGGUCUAGAGGUGGCCAUAGACAAUGGCUUCAGGUGGGGAAAUGUCCUGCUUCACUUUCACUCUGUACAUGGUAUACAAAAUAACAAACCUAAUGAACUUUAGAAUUGGUCCAUCCCUUCACUGUAUGAAUUAGUGAUUGUAGCGUUUUCUUCCUCUCAGAUAUUUGCUUGUUCUCUAGUUUUGAAUAAAGAUGUAUUCUUGGGCGUAUAGCAGCUGAAAUUACAAUGCUAGAGACUUCUUUUUUUUUUUUUAAAGAAAGAAUAAAUUACUUUUUAUUAGAGUUGAAAUCAAGGCAUGGUCUUUCCAGUCUAAUUCUUACUGUAAAUAGCAACAGUUAAGGAAGGUCUUUCUGGCUCAUUUAGAUCUAUUAGAUCCAUUAUUGUUAAUAAACAAAGAGGUGGGUGGAACUAAGCAUGUCUGCAUGCCAGGACUGGUGCUGAGUGAUAUCUCAAAUAUCUCUUUUAACCAAAAGACUGCUUCUCUGAAUCCCUGGGUUCCAAAGAUGAUUAUUAAUGGGAACUGGGUGUUAUUUUUACUUCACCACAUAGCCCCUCCUGAACUGGCAGACCUGGCAGAUUCCAGGCUUAGCUCAGUCCCUACUAACUAUGUGGCUUUUAGCAUAUGAUUCAACAUUUCUGAGCCUUAAUUGUUUCAUUUAAAAAAUAAGACUAAUGGUGACUUCACAGGGUUGUCAGAGAUAAUAUGUGACACAUGUAAAGGCACCUAGCAUGUCUUUAUAGUUUGAAGAGCAAAUGACUGAUCUU